AUGGGCGAAUACUCGAAAGCACUUUCAUCGUACGAACGAUCACUUGAAAUCCAAAAAAUAGCUCUCCCUCCGAAUCAUCCCGACUUGGCUUCUUCCUACAACAACAUCGGUAAUGUGUAUGAUGAAAUGGGCGAGUACUCGAAAGCACUUUCAUCGUACGAACGAGCACUUGAUAUCGACAAGAAAGUUCUCCCUCCGAAUCAUCCCGAUUUGGCUAUGGACUACAACGACAUCGGUUUGGUGUAUAAUAACAUGGGCGAGUACUCGAAAGCACUUUCAUCGCAUGAACGAUCACUUGAAAUCCGAAAAAUAGCUCUCCCUCCGAAUCAUCCCGACUUGGCUUCUUCCUACAACAACAUCGGUAUGGUGUAUGAUAACAUGGGCGAGUACUCGAAAGCACUUACAUAUUACGAAAAGGCGCAAGACAUAUGGAAAAAAUCACUACCUUCAAAUCAUCCACACAAUGCACUUGUGAAAAUACAAAUUUUAAUAAUUGGUUAUCUUAAAUUAAAUAUCAAAAAAUUUCGAUCAUCAUCAAGAAAAAGUCAACGAUCAAUAACAAGAACUAGAAAUAUUGGUACAAAUGAACAACAUCUUUCAAUCAAGAAUGGUAAAGAUUCAUCAAUAAUAUCAAACACAAAUAAAGAUACAAAAGUUAAUUUUGAACGAUUACUUUCAACAACAUUAUUUUCUAUAAAAUCAGUAAGACACUUAAUUAUUUUAAAUCAACGUUCAAUGUACAAAAGAGUUUUUAUUGAACUCGAUUUACUUGUUCAAUUACUUUUAAUUCAUCAUUUUCUUACUCAUAUAAUCUAUCAACUGGAGAUGAUUGAAGAAACUAUGCCAGAUUAUGAUAUAUCAUCACAUUUUAUUUAUAGUAUUGCUAAAUUCCUUGUUAUGUUAUCACAUGAUACGCUUCAUUCAAAACAAGUUAUUUAA